ACACAAAGCAUGACAGUUUGGAAUCGGUCGUACGUGAGGUAUGAAAGAGCGGUAUUCAAGCGUCUCUUUCUUCCUGAAUAACACAACAUGAAAGAAGAAGCCGAACUAACGGCCCAUAAAACACGAUAGCUCAUGUUAAAUACAGCAAUUCAAACGACGGCAGUUUUGUAGUGAUUCUUCUAAUUCAGCACGCCAAGCGCCAAUGGACGAGUGUCUCUCGUUGGGCUCUCAUUAUAGAAUUUUACUCUGUUUCGUUGGGCUUCUCUCGCUUUCUUUUACGUUUAUUGCAGAGUGCUCUGUGAGGUUCACCGAGGUUCCUUCAGAAGUGCUUUAUGUGUCUAAUGGCAGCACAGCCAAGCUAACAUGGAGAUACAGCACCACAAACCGCUCAGCCGAACUCUCUGAACCAUCCAUUACCUGGUCCUUUUAUGAGUCCUCUAAUGCUUCUGGGGUACAACUUGCUGAAGAGAAACAGAACAAAACGUGGACAAUAUCAGGGACAUGUCCUGAUCGAUUACGAGCACGUUUGAAGCAGGCAGACUCAGCUUCUAUUAUUAUUGUCAAUGUGACAUUAGAAGAUAAUGGGAUUUAUGAGUGCAGUCUUAGGACUCGAGUGGGGCCAACAAUAUUGAACACCACACAACUGGUUGUAACUGUGCGCCCCAAGCUUUCUGUACCAGUGCCAUCCUCCAUAAAUAUCUUAGAAGGAGAAGACCUUAGUCAGCAAUGUGCCGCUGUGGGGCCUCCGCGCCCUCGUGUCGGUUGGGAUUGGAUAACAGGGGAAGGAAAGGUGUUCAGGAGUAAAGGACUUGACAGUACUACCCUGAGUAUCUCAAAUAUCAGGAGGGAGCAGGCCGGGACGUACCUCUGCUCUGCCACAAACAACCCAAAUGAGACUCCCAUAACUGCCACCAUGAUAGUGAUUGUGGAAUACCGACCAGUUAUUGAUUCCGCUGGAUCCUCCCAUGAUGUCAUUUCUUGGGAUAACAACACAAUCUAUUUACAAUGUCUGGUCAGUGGUAAACCUGCCCCUCGCAUCACAUGGUUUGAUCCUAAGGGGGGAGAGGUUAAAGUUGGAGUGAUGAUUCUACCAGAUCGUGGAGUACUUGCUGUCAUGACUCAGGCCCCAGAGGAUUAUGGGGAAUAUCGUUGCAAUGUCAAGAAUAGCCAUGGCUUUGACAAUUACUAUGUUCAGGUCACAAAAUUAGGUCUCCCUGGGCCACCUCGCCUCUCCAUUACCGAGAAAGACAUUGAGGCUCGCACUAUUACCGUGCGCUGGACUGCUAAUCCCCAUGCCAACGCUCCUGUAGACUACAGAGUAGAGAUUGGUGACAAAACCCCCCGCGAGGGGGUGAGAGGGAACUCUGUAGUUAUCUCAGGUCUGGACAAAGAUACAGAAUAUCUGGUGCGUGUGACUGCUAGGAACCAAGCAGGCUAUGGGAACUCUUCACAGGUCAUAGUACGGACCAAGAAGGAAGAUCCUGUUGUCACCGUCACGUCUUGUUCUACCGCGGUCGCUGUGUGCGUGCCAAUCAUAAUACUGUUAAUUAUUGUAAUUGUCCUGAUGGCUCUUUACAUCUGGCGAAAUAACAAGCGAACAAAAUACAUUUUGCUUUCAGUGAAGAGAUACGCAAUGGAGAGUGUUAAAGAUGGCGAGAAGAAGGGUACUGAGAAUAUUUACGAAAUUGCACUCGAAAGCAAUUCAUCCGCAGGAAACCCAAGACCAUCGGACGAUCCCAACAAAAACUACCGUCAAAACGGUGUGCCGAAAAGCGGACGGCGACGGCGACGCAGGAGGCCCGUGGACAUCCUGACCUCCAUAGAGGAAGAGGCCUCGGGCGAGCAAAUACAAGAAGUUGACGAGGAAGUACUGGAGACUGAAGACUUCGUUUGUGAAGAAAACACUGAAGUGAAUAAUGAAACGCCAAGUGUGUCAGUAAAUGAAAAUGGCGGGAAGACUGUGGUAAGCGUCGACGUUCACGACUCAGCUGCGUGAGUUUUGUUAUGCAUGGACAAGGGCUGGUUACCUUGCAUAAGGCUUGGUCAAUCAGCAAAGGCUCGGUAACUCCGUCAAGGCUUGGUCCCUCAAUCAAGGUUAAGGAAGCUGACAUAAGCAUGUGCCCAUUUGUCUUCCGCACAUGAUUGGCAGGACAUACUAGUACACGCUUUAGUGCUAUAAGUCAGCAAAAGCGAAACAGGAGACAUACUGCAUGCAUGUGCGGUGAUACACAAACCGUGGGGCUUUUAAAAAACAAUUACGGGGAAAGAUCUGCAGUGCUAUACUUUGGUAUCUCUAUUAAACGGCCAACCUCGGGACCGAGAAAAAUUGCUUAAUGAAAGUAUAUGAAUACAAGCCUUCUUGUGAAAAGCUAGUUUUGAGGAUAGUGUCGGUUUAAUAAUGUUUGGCAGCUAAACAGGGGUACCACUGUUGCUAUCGAAAGCAAUGGAGCCGCAGGAAACCCGAGACCAUCGGACAAAUAAGCAACUUCACAUAUAAAGUCAUGUCAGCUCACGGGAGAGAGUCAACCCCUAGCCGGCAAAGAUACUCGAUAUUAGGAAUAUCACACUUAGAACUGGCCAGUGACAUGUCUCGCUGUUCACCGCAAGGGAAAAGGAAGUAUUUAAUAUUUAAAAUUCAUAGCUAGAAUAUCUUUUCAAAUCAAUUUUUUUAAAGAAUUUUAUAGAAAAUUAUGAAUUUGCAUUUCAUUUGUUAUUGAGUUUUAGUGGAUAUAUCAAAAAGAACAAUUGCACAAA